UAUGUGAAGAUGGGCCGUUCCUCCAAAGACAAACGGGAUAUCUACUACCGUCUUGCCAAGGAGGAGGGCUGGAGGGCCAGGAGCGCCUUCAAACUACUGCAGCUGGACGAGGAGUUUGGCCUGUUCAAAGGCAAGAAGGCCUCUUGGGUUAACUUUUCUGGCCAUGGUUUUAUUACCCUAGGUCAACAUCAGACAUCAAUGGCUUAUGUUAUUGGGUAUGGCGGUUGUAAAAUAUAACAUUAUGCCAAAGGAAUGGGGAGAUGAGUUUGAUCAUCCAUUUCUGAUGUUACCUGUAUAUGACAUUGACAUCCAUUUCUCCCUCCCAGGUGUAAAGAGGGCAGUGGACCUCUGUGCUGCCCCAGGCAGCUGGAGCCAGGUCCUAAGCCGUAAACUCAGGUUCGUUUCAAUCUCUUUCCUUCUCCUGGUAGCAUAGUUGGCAUCUAUUAGUAUGGGGUGUUAAUGAAUAGUGUACAUAACACUAAUGCUGUAUAUUUAUCUGAUGGUUUGACAGAGGAAAGGAGGAGAAGAGUGAGGAGGUAAAGAUAGUGGCAGUGGACCUGCAGGCCAUGGCUCCUCUCCCUGGGGUGACACAGAUCCAGGGGGACAUCACCAAGGUAACAGGGACAUGUCUUUCCUGUCCCACAAGGACUUAUCGAGACACUAUUCUGGAACACUGAAUUAGUUGCAGUAUUGGCCUGAUUCCAAACCUUUCAGAGAAGGAAGUGCAAGUCAUCAAGGGCAGAGGAAAGGGGAUAAUAAGUGUUUGGUUUGGAAUGUAGCCAUUGUAUGACAGAUUUGGAUCAGAUUCUCAAACUAAUUCAACAAAGCUGGUGGGUAAAAUAUCUGUUGCUUUUAGAUCUCCACUGCCCAGGAGAUAAUCAGGCAUUUUGAAGGACAGCCUGCAGACCUGGUAGUGUGUGAUGGCGCCCCAGACGGUGAGUGUGAGAGUGUUCUCUGGUUUCAGUUUUGUUUGUGUCCUCUUGCAUUUAGUUGCAUACUCUUCUCUUAGUUGCCACUGUGGGGUUUGUUGUUUUGUCAUUGCACUAUAUGCUUAUGGCUCUUCCUCAUUGGUCAUUUUAUGGCUUGUCUACAUAGUGACGGGACUCCAUGAUGUGGAUGAGUAUAUCCAGGCUCAGCUCCUAUUGGCUGUAAGUAUCACACUGCAACACUGUGUAAUAUUGAGUUGAAUCCCACAUGGCUGAUCAGCUAUCUUUUGUUGUUUAUCCUUUAUAAUAUGUUUCUAAAUAUCCCCUCUCAGGCCCUAAACAUUACAACACACGUCCUGAAACCUGGAGGAACGUUUGUUGCAAAGGUAGGCUGUAUGUUGGAUGAGGACGUGUGGCGCAAUUGGUUAGCGUGUUAGACUGUUAAUCUAAAGGUUGGUGGUUCGAGCCCACCCAGGGUCGAUAUCUUCCCACUUCUAGUGAUGUGGCAAGACCUUCUACAAGCAUUUCGCUAUACCCGCUAUAACAUCUGCUAAACACGUGUUUGUGACAUAAGAUUUGAUUUGAUUUGUUUGUAUUCAUUAGGGAUCCCCAAUAGUUCACUCUUCCUGGGAUCCAAACACAUUAAGGCACUUACAUCACACAUAAAACAAAUGAUACAAUAGUACAUAAUAUAACAUUAUUACACCACUACAUAUCUACAAUACAAAAUGAAUAAUGUCAACAAUAUUAAAAUGUACGCGUGUGUUGAUGUAACAAGUUCUGCACUUCUAACAAGUUCUGCACUUUGUUUUUUUAAUUGUGGAGGGAAAUUAGCUAAGUAGCCUAUGUCAUGUGAAAGUUAUCUUAUGCUUUGGUUCCUGUGUAGAUAUUCCGGGGGAAGGAUGUGACCCUCCUGUACUCCCAGCUUAAGAUCUUCUUCAGUGGUGUGACCUGUGCCAAGCCCCGGAGCAGCAGGAACUCCAGCAUAGGUGAGCUGGAGACCACAGCUGACACAAUGGUCACACACCAGAUCAUAGAUGGUUUCCAUUCAAAUGCCUGGUUUUGACAGAAGGGUUAAAGGAUUAAGUUGGUGAGGGGCUGCUUGAGACUUAUAUUUUUUUGUCUCUCUCACUUCUACAGAGGCAUUUGUGAUGUGUCAGAAUUACUCUCCUCCAGAAGGAUAUGUGCCCAACAUGUCCAAUCCUCUGCUGGAUCACUCAUAUGGUAACAACACAAUACAACACAGUAAUGCUUCUCAUGUUCCUCAUGUUUCAACUCCAUAUAAUACUGUCAUGUUAUACACUGGUACUCAAGUUGGUUUCUGACUGUUUCAGAUGUAGAUUUUAACCAGCUAGAGGGACCAAACAGAAUCAUAGUUCCUUUCCUGGCCUGUGGGGACCUGAGUGCCUUUGACUCGGACCGGACCUACCCUCUCCAGGUACUGAUAUUCAGACACGUCUCUGCUGAUACAUGUAUUGUAGACCAAUGCUUUUCUUUAGUAGUCUCGAAGCUGUUACUCUAUAGAUAAGAUGCUUCAUAUUAGGGCUGACCUCAAUUAGUUGACAGUUCCAUUGUUUGGUCGUUGGGCUGUUGGUUGACCGAGAUUGUUUUAGUCGAGCAGUAACACACAAACACACGUAUACAGGACCAGUCAAAAGUUUGGACACACCUACUCAUUCAAGGGCUUUUCUUUAUUUUUACUAUUUUCUACAUUGUAGAAUAAUAGUGAAGACAUCAAAAUGAUGAAAUAACACAUGGAUCAUAUAGUAGCCAAAAAAGUGUUAAACAAAUCAAAAUAUUUUUUAGAUUCUUCAAAGUAGCCACCCUUUGCCUUGAUGACAGCUUUGCACACUCUUGGCAUUCUCUCAACCAGCAUCAUGAGGAAUACUUUUCCAACAGUCUUGAAGGAGUUCCCACAUGCUGAGCACUUGUUGGCUGCUUUUCCUUCACUCUGCGUUCCAACUCAUCUCAAACCAUCUCAAUUGGGUUGUCGUCGGGUGAUUGUGGAGGCCAGGUCAUCUGAUGCAGCACUCCAUCACUCUCCUUCUUGGUCAAAUAGCCCUUACACAGCCUGUAGGUGUGUUUUGGGUCAUUGUCCUGUUGAAAAACAAAUGAUAGUCCCACUAAGGGCAAGCGAGAUGAGAUGGCGUAUCGCUGCAGAAUGCUGUGGUAGCCAUGCUGGUUAAGUGUGCCUUGAAUUCUAAAUAAAUCAGACAGUGUCACCAGCAAAGCACCCCCACUCCAUCACACCACCUCCUCCAUGCUUUAUGGUGGGAACCACACUUGCGGAAAUCCGUUCACCUACUCUGUGUCUCACAAAGACACGGCAGUUGGAACCAAAAAUCUCAAAUUUGGAUUUAUCAGACCAACGGACAGAUUUCCACCAGUCUAAUGUCCAUUGCUCAUGUUUAUGGGCCCAACCAAGUCUCUUCUUCUUAUUGGUGUCCUUUAGUAGUGGUUUCUUUGCAGCAAUUUGAUCAUGAAGACCUGAUUCACACAGUCUCCUCUGAACAGUUGAUGAUGAGAUGUGUCUGUUACUUGAACUCUGUGAAGCAUUUAUUUGGGCUGCAAUCUGAGGUGCAGUUAACUCUAAUGACCUUAUCCUCUGCAGCAGAGGUAACUCAUGGUUUUCCUUUCCUGUGGCGGUCCUCAUGAGAGUCAGUUUCAUCAUAGUGCUUGAUGGUUUUUGCGACUGCACUUGAAGAAACUUUCAAAGUUCUGGAAAUGUUCUGGAUUGACUGACCAUGUCUUAAGGUAAUGAUGGACUGUCGUUUCUCUUUGCUUAUUUGAGCUGUUCUUGCCAUAAUAUGGACUUGGUCUUUUACCAAAUAUGGCUAUCUUCUGUAUACUACCCCUACCUUGUCACAACACAACUGAUUGGCUCAAACGCAUUUAGAAGGAAAGAAAUGCCAAAAAUGAACUUUUAACAAGGCACACCUGUUAAUUGAAAUGCAUUCCAGGUGACUACCUCAUGAAGCUGGUUGAGAUAAUCCCUGGAAUGAGUAGGUGUGUCCAAACCUUUGACUGGUACUGUGUAUAUACAGUGCAUUCAGAAAAUAUUUAGACCCCUUUACUUUCCCCACAUUUUGUUACGUUACAGCCUUAUUCUAAAAUUGGUUCAAUAAAUAUCAAUCUACACACAAUACCCCAUGAUGACAAAUCGUAAGAACUCACAGACAACUUGUAAAAGCUCAAACCAAGUUUAUUCACCCACUGGGUCAAACAGCUGCAAAGACAUGUUUACACAAUCACAUAUAUUUAUACCCUCUUUCUAGGAGGAGUCAACUCCUUGCACAUCUAGAUAGCCAAUACAUCUCUGUUGCUAGUCAGGAACUUAAUUGGUACCUCUCACUGGUGUAGUCGUGGCCCCGCCUCCUGCUAGAACCUCCAUGGGCAUGUAAUAUAUGUGUGUAACAGGACUGUUUCUUCUCACUUCAUCUGACCUGACCUCGGGCCGAAUUCCUCACUCCUCCCUAAUCCUCAGCUCUCCUACCUUAUCAGUGACUGAAACCAGACUGUUGCCCUUUGCCUCCCUCCAUAGGAUCCAUGAGAUUUAACAAUAACAUGUUUGACAGAAUGUAAACUUCCUGCCCCCCCCCUUCUCACUCAGUAACCUUUCACAUACACCCGUUCUUAUCCGACCCACCAUUGACCCCACCAUACAUUAAUUAACAUGUACAGUAAUCAGAAGGUCUAGUAUGGUAACAUUAAUACGUAUAUUCAACUAGAACCCAACAGUAUGACAGUAGGGCGCAGGUAGCAGUGGGUAAGAGCGUUGGCAGUAACUGAAGUCGCUGUUUCUAAUCCCGAGCGCUAGGUGAAUGUGCCCUUAAGCAGCACUAACCUAUGAAGCGCUCUGGUAGAUCGUCUGCUAAAUGACUAAUCUAAAAUGCCUGGCUUCUGCUCAGGCCAUAUUACCGUAAAUGCUGCAUGGUCAAUGCAGACGUCGGAUUGACCAUGCACCCAGAUGCACAAUGCACUUCUCUCUCCAGAAUGCGCGCUCUCCCGCCAAUUUGUGCACAUUCAUUGUUUCAUAACUUAAUUGUGAGUUGUUUGAUUUGUUAGUGUAUAUCAAUUCCCCAUUAUAUAUAUCACCAGUAGUACAUUUACCAUUAACUCCUAUAAUUUCUUAUCUACAAUGUUUGUUACUUUGGUUACGGUCAUUUAUUUUAAUGCUUUCAAUAUUAUUCCUGUCUUUCUGUUCUCAUUGUUGGAGUGGACACAUUGUUUGCUGAGUGCACAAUCUAUGCUACACUUAUGAGAAACAAGUUUUGGUUUAUUUAAUUCCAUUUAUGAGUUCUGUCAAUUUAAUCAUUGUCUUUUGUUUGGAGCUCUCCUGUCAAUGUUGAGUAAGGACGCGCACGCAUAGAAGUAGGCCUAUAGGCUACCUGGCCUGCACACAAGUAUUUCUGAUUGGCUUAAAGCACCACCACUAAUGACCUGUGGAGCUUCUCAAAGUAAUGUUUUCUUCACCUCAAACAGCAAGCAAACAAAGUCUGUUUUUACAUCCAUUGAGAAUGACUAGUUACUCAAUGUAUUUGAAAAACUCUUUCCAGCUCUCUCCCUUUCCAUAACCACUCGGCGUGAAUGGGAAAAAUGUCAUGCUCUGAUCCAGUGGAAACGUCAUAAAAUAGGCUUCUUAUCAAUGCUUGACUUGGACUGAAAUAGGUUCCGGUACUCAUUUUGGGUGCUGGUACAGUUUAUAUUUAGGUGCAGGAGCUCCACAAUACUUUUGAGCUAAAAUUCUAUUAGAGGAACAAUAGCUCAAGCAGUAGAACAUUUGAGGUGCCAGUACUCGGCUCCGGUGACUUCCUGUCUAAGUCAAGCACUGCUUCUUAUCCCUUGCCCAAGCUCUUGUCCCAAGCUCAAUGGCGCAGGAAACUAGAUAACUAAAGGGCCAAUAAUCUUUUCGGGCAGGACCCAAGUUAAUAGUUGAUACAAUGUUUCAAGUUCGUUGCAGACAGGCCAAUUGUAGCCAAUGUGAUUUUUAGGAUAUUUAUUUUUAUCAGGAUAUUUUCUACCUGCAGGCUGCAAUGUUUUUAUUUGUUGGCUUUAUAUAGGCUAUUUUUACAUAGUUGGCAAUAAAGUUUUAGAUUUUUUAUCAUUUUCAUUUGAAUAGAAUUUUGAUUAACCAAAUUACAAUGAUUUUGAGAUACGAAGACGUUAUUAUAAAUUAAAUUAAACUUUCAUGAAAAUGUGCAUAUGAAAACCAUAACUGCCACGCAGAGCGGUAGAAAUUGUAAGAUAAAUUAGCAUUCCUCAUGAGAAAGGUUGCCGACUCCUCGUGUAGCCUAUUACCAACAACUUCAGGAGAGGAAUGGCAGAAUCUGCGAAAGUCAGCAGGAGCUGGAGGAGAAUAGUUGGGUUAGGUUAAGGUUUUUAUCUCUUUUUUUGGUUACUAAAUGAUUCCAUAUGUGUUAUUUCAUAGUUCUGAUGUCUUCACUAUUAUUCUACAAUGUAGAAAAUUGUAAAAAUAAAGAAACCCUUGAAUGAGUAGGUGUUCUAAAACUUUUGACCGUAUGUUCAGUGAGGGGGAAAAAAGUAUUUGAUCCCCUGCUGAUUUUGUACGUUUGCCCACUGACAAAGAAAUGAUCAGUCUAAUUUUAACGGUAGGUUUAUUUGAACAGUGAGAGACAGAAUAACAACAACAAAAUCCAGAAAAACGCAUGUCAAAAAUGUUAUAAAUUGAUUUGCAUUUUAAUGAGGGAAAUAAGUAUUUGACCCCCUCUCAAUCAGAAAGAUUUCUGGCUCCCAGGUGUCUUUUAUUCAGGUAAUGAGCUGAGAUUAGGAGCACACUCUUAAAGGGACUGCUCCUAAUCUCAGCUUGUUACCUGUAUAAAAGACACCUGUCCACAGAAGCAAUCAAUCAAUCAGAUUCCAAACUCUCCACCAUGGCCAAGACCAAAGAGCUCUCCAAGGAUGUCAGGGACAAGAUUGUAGACCUACACAAGGCUGGAAUGGGCGACAAGACCAUCGCCAAGCAGCUUGGUGAGAAGGUGACAACAGUUGGUGCGAUUAUUCGCAAAUGGAAGAAACACAAAAGAACUGUCAAUCUCCCUCGGCCUGGGGCUCCAUGCAAGAUCUCACCUCGUGGAGUUGCAAUGAUCAUGAGAACGGUGAGGAAUCAACCCAGAACUACACGGGAGGAUCUUGUCAAUGAUCUCAAGGCAGCUGCGACCAUAGUCACCAAGAAAACAAUUGGUAACACACUAUGCCGUGAAGGACUGAAAUCCUUCAGCGCCUGCAAGGUCCCCCUGCUCAAGAAGGCAUAUAUACAGGGCCGUCUGAAGUUUGCCAAUGAACAUCUGAAUGAUUCAGAGGAGAACUGGGUGAAAGUGUUGUGGCCAAAGAGCUCCAUUUUGGUCUCAUCUGACAUCAACUCAACUCGCCGUGUUUGGAGGAGGAGGAAUGCUGCCUAUGACCCCAAGAACACCAUCCCCACCGUCAAACAUGGAGGUGGAAACAUUAUGCUUUGAGGGUGUUUUUCUGCUAAGGGGACAGGACAACUUCACCGCAUCAAAGGGACGAUGGACGGGGCCAUGUACUGUCAAAUCUUGGGUGAGAACCUCCUUCCCUCAGCCAGGGCAUUGAAAAUGGGUCGUGGAUGGGUAUUCCAGCAUGACAAUGACCCAUAACACACGGCCAAGGCAACAAAGGAGUGGCUCAAGAAGAAGCACAUUAAGGUCCUGGAGUGGCCUUGCCAGUCUCCAGACCUUAAUCCCAUAGAAAAUCUAUGGAGGGAGCUGAAGGUUCGAGUUGCCAAACAUCAGCCUCGAAACCUUAAUGACUUGGAGAAGAUCUGCAAAGAGGAGUGGGACAAAAUCCCUCCUGAGAUGUGUGCACACCUGGUGGCCAACUACAAGAAACAUCUGACCUCUGUGAUUGCCAACAAGGGUUUUGCCACCAAGUACUAAGUCAUGUUUUGCAGAGGGGUCAAAUACUUAUUUCCCUCAUUAAAAUGUAAAUCAAUUUAUAACAUUUUUGACAUGCGUUUUUCUGGAUUUUUUUGUUGUUAUUCUGUCUCUCACUGUUCAAAUAAACAUACCAUUAAAAUUAUAGACUGAUCAUGUCUUUGUCAGUGGGCAAACAUACAAAAUCAGCAGGGGAUCAAAUACUUUUUUCCCUCACUGUAUGUACGGUGGGUGGAAAAAAGUAUUUAGUCAGCCACCAAUUGUGCAAGUUCUCCCACUUAAAGAUGAGAGAGGCCUGUAAUUUUCAUCAUAGGUACACAUCAACUAUGACAGACAAAACGAGAAAAGAAAAUCCAGAAAAUCACAUUGUAGGAUUUUUUUAUGAAUUUAUUUGAAAAUUAUUUUGGAAAAUAAGUAUUUGGUCACCUACAAACAAGCAAGAUUUCUGGCUCUCACAGACCUGUAACUUCUUCUUUAAGAGGCUCCUCUGUCCUCCACUCGUUACCUGUAUUAAUGGCACCUGUUUGAACUGGUUAUCAGUAUAAAAGACACCUGUCCACAACCUCAAACAGUCACACUCCAAACUCCACUAUGGCCAAGACCAAAGAGCUGUCAAAGGACACCAGAAACAAAAUUGUAGACCUGCACCAGGCUGGGAAGACUGAAUCUGCAAUAGGUAAGCAGCUUGGUUUGAAGAAAUCAACUGUGGGAGCAAUUAUUAGGAAAUGGAAGACAUACAAGACCACUGAUAAUCUCCCUCGAUCUGGGGCUCCACGCAAGAUCUCACCCCGUGGGGUCAAAAUGAUCACAAGAACGGUGAGCAAAAAUCCCAGAACCACACGGGGGGACCUAGUGAAUGACCUGCAGAGAGCUGGGACCAAAGUAACAAAGCCUACCAUCAGUAACACACUACGCCACCAGGGACUCAAAUCCUGCAGUGCCAGACGUGUCCCCCUGCUUAAGCCAGUACAUGUCCAGGCCCGUUUACUAGAGUGCAUUUGGAUGAUCCAGAAGAGGAUUGGGAGAAUGUCAUAUGGUCAGAUGAAACCAAAAUAUAACUUUUUAGUAAAAACUCAACUCGUCGUGUUUGGAGGACAAAGAAUGCUGAGUUGCAUCCAAAGAACACCAUACCUACUGUGAAGCAUGGGGGUGGAAACAUCAUGCUUUGGGGGCUGUUUUUCUGCAAAGGGACCAGGACGACUGAUUUGUGUAAAGGAAAGAAUGAAUGGGGCCAGGUAUCAUGAGAUUUUGAGUGAAAACCUCCUUCCAUCAGCAAGGGCAUUGAAGAUGAAACGUGGCUGGGUCUUUCAGCAUGACAAUGAUCCCAAACACACCGCCCGGGCAACGAAGGAGUGGCUUCGUAAGAAGCAUUUCAAGGUCCUGGAGUGGCCUAGCCAGUCUCCAGAUCUCAACCCCAUAGAAAAUCUUUGGAGGGAGUUGAAAGUCCGUGUUGCCCAGCGACAGCCCCAAAACAUCACUGCUCUAGAGGAGAUCUGCAUGGAGGAAUGGGCCAAAAUACCAGCAACAGUGUGUGAAGACUUACAGAAAACGUUUGACCUGUGUCAUUGCCAACAAAGGGUAUAUAACAACGUAUUGAGAAACUUUUGUUAUUGACCAAAUACUCAUUUUCCACCAUAAUUUGAAAAUAAAUUCAUUAAAAAUCCUACAAUGUGAUUUUCUGGAAAUUUUUUUCUCAUUUUGUCUGUCAUAGUUGACAUGUACCUAUGAUGAAAAUUACAGGCCUCUCUCAUCUUUUUAAGUGGGAGAACUUGCACAAUUGGUGGCUGACUAAAUACUUUUUUUCCCCACUGUAUGUAAAAAUACAAGUAAAUUUUUUUUGAGCAAUCGAUUAAUCGAAAGAACAGACGACUUUCGGUCAACCCCCCCAAAAAAUUGGUGGGGGCAGCCUUACUUCAUAUGAAACUUUUGUGCUGUGCUCAUUAAACUUUAAUUUUAUUUUUCUUCAUAGUUGGAUGCCAGUAAGGAAUACCAGUACACGCCCCCCACCCAGCCCCCCAUUCGCCCACCCUACCAGCAGGCCUGUCAUCUACGCAAGAACAACCUAUUGGCCAAGGAGGACUCCCCCUCUCUUCCAUUGGAUGAAGCCCUUUCAAAUAUGGACAUUUCAACCAGUCAGGAAGAGUCAUAGUGUGUUCAGUUUAUUAAACGUUUUGCUACGUUGUGUGAAGGUUUGUACUGAAUUACCCAGAACGGAGUGCACAGUGCUUCAACAGUCUUUUGAGGUAUGUUUGUUCCCAUUUGGUGUGUGGGUUGGCGCCUGAUCAAUAUGGGAUGACCAUUUGUAAUCGCAAAACUCAUGCAGCACACCAUACACAAUCGCCCUCUGGGCCACCAUAAUCACCACAUUCUUCAUCUGGUCAUUCAGAACAGCACCGUGUCCGUUGAACACUGAGUCCUCCUGAACGCGGCCGUAGAUGUCUUCCCCAACAGAGAGAACUGACAUUUCAUAGAGCAGAAAGAAAGAGGAUAUUUGGUUCAGAAAAGCCUUGACUGCAUAAAGACUGUGUAUAGAUGAUCAAGGAAACAGAAUACUUUUUUUGAAUUAUGAAUUUUGCCACAUGUUUUACCAAUCAAUAGUCAUAAUAUUGUACCGUUAUUGUUUUUUCAUCUAAAAUGAAUAAAAUUUACUUGAGCACUCCAA